AUGUCUUCAGAACCAAGUGUUGAGGAGCUCCAGCGGCGGCUAAAAGAAGCAGAGGACAGGGUGGAACGGGCGGAGAGGAGAGCUGAGCAAGCAGAGGGCAGAGCUCAAGAGCUCAAAAGCAGGACUGACCAGACAACCUUCGAGGCCUUUCUCCAGUCAUGCCACAAACAUAUCGCGGUGCCGCUCAGCAUCCAGCCGGACCAGUCCAAAACCACAAAGGGUUCGAUCACGGCCCCUACUGGCCGCUGUUGUCCCACUAUACUCCGCCAAUGGACGGAUUUUCCCCUUCAGCGCGAUGACCUCUUCGACAAGGUAUCCUCUCUCUUCCAUCCGAGCGAGGCGCCUUCGCCAGAAGUAUUCCUAUCCGUCGAGGGGACGAGAGCUGUCGGUAAAGUUGUUUCCCGUCGACUGCUAGGUAGUGAGCUCGAUCUCAUGAUCUAUGAACGAUGCGCUGUUGAAGAGCAUGUCACGUCUAUAGUGCAGGAAUUGUUGAAUCUUGAUACCAGCACUCACCUCCCAUUUCUAGGGUCGGGAAUAUCGUUUGAGAACCAUGCCAACACCCUCACGGAGGAGGAGGAGGAGUCAGAGCAGCAGAAUCAUAAGGGCUGGAAACCUCGUUCCGAUCAACUGUGUGUGUUCCGAAAAGAUGAAGAGAUUGAGACGCUACUUUUCGUGAUAGAAUAUAAGGCUGGCCAUAAACUUCUACCUGGAAAUGUACGAACCGGGCUGCAACCAUCAAACUUCUGGGAAGAGGUUGUGCAGGCCCACGAAAUCCCCGUUGACAAGGAGGAGAAACUUAUAUAUAACGCACAGCAGAUCAGCGGUGCUGCCAUCACACAAGCAUUUGAUUACAUGAUCAGAGAAGGGGUCGAGUAUGGGUAUUUGACGACCGGUGAAGUAUUUAUUUUUCUUCGUAUCAAGGAAGAUGACCCGACUACGCUAUAUUACCACCUUGCCGAACCUAUUCGAGAUGCUGAAGCUCAGAAUGGCAAGCCUUUUUCGCCUUCUAGCACUGCCAUAUUUUCGGUUCUUACGCUAUGCCUCCUUGCCUUGAGGUCGGCGAAAAGGGACCAAGAGUGGCGGUCUCGUGCAAUUUCCAAUCUUCACACGUGGGCUGUCGAUGUAGAGUACAUCUUGGCGAAAAUGCCGGUUAAAGAGAGAUACCGAGCACCAUCUGACUCAAGUUAUACCCCAUCAAGUCCGCCUUCUAGCCCCGUUCAACAGGAGCAAUCUCGACAAUCACGGCGACUGCAAGGACGCUGUGCGGACCACGACGACACGACCAACAAUCCGCCCUCGGAUAGUUCUGAAGGGGAAGAUCCCAGCAAACGUAACGCACUAUUCCCCGGGGGGAAAAGAUUUGCAGUGGUUAUAUCUCCACCGCGAGAGCCUCCGGCAAAGCGACUGCAAUCACAGGAGGAGCGCCGCCGCAACCGCGAGCCUGACCGUAAAUACUGUACACAAAAGUGCCUUGCCGGCUUGGCUACUAGGGGUAUUUUAGAUCAAGCGUGCCCCAAUGUUGCUCUUCACCAAAGGAUGAGCCUGGACGGCAGCCAUCCAAUAUCAAAAGCGGCCGUCGCCGAACUGCUUGAGGCCCAGUUGAACAAAGACCGAGAUAAUGGUUGCAGGCCUUUGAAAUUUUCUGGCGCGCGGGGAAUUCUGUUUAAGAUGACUCUGGCUCAAUAUGGCUAUACUUUCGUUGGGAAAGGAACAAUCAAAGGACUGGUCCGUCAUCUCCAGCACGAGGCUAAGGUGUAUGACUAUCUCAACAAGCUUCAAGGAAGUUCGAUUCCAGUCUGCUUAGGGGCCGUAAACCUAAGAGAACCAUUCAUCACAGACGGUUUGGACUUGAUCGUCCAUUACCUCCUCCUCUCCUGGGCUGGAGAUAGCUUAGAUUUCUCGCAGGAUUGCAACUUUUACGAGGAGUCAAGAAGGCUCGAAAAGGAAGUGGGUCGAUAUGGCGUUGUCCAUGGGGAUAUUCGUCCUUCCAACAUCACCUGGAAUUCAGAGCUAUCCCGGCCAAUGCUCAUCGAUUUUGACAAAGCAUGCCUGGUGCGGAAGAGGCCAUUGACUGGCACAUGGUCGAAUGGUACCCACAGCCGUACUAUAAAGCAGAAGCGGCGAAAAGUUUUUAACAGUAGAUUGUAA